GUGGGUUCGCCGUGUCCAGUUUGAAGACGCUGCAGCAGUUCAACAGCCAGAAUGCCUCCGCCUUGGCAAACAAGUCGCCAGACCAGCAGACGCAGAGUUUGUCGGACCAGCUCGCAGUACAGCGCAAGCGACUGGAGGGAAAGCAGAAGGACGUGGCCUGGCACCUCGAGGAGAUUGAGAGGCUCACAGAGAAGUACCAGACGGUUGCCAAUGAGUGCAAUAACAUCUACAAGGAACGCCAGCACCUCGAGAGCCAGCUCAGGGUCGCAGCGAAGGCGGCGGCCCAACAGGCUGGAGGUGCAGAUGGCGAAGCAAUUAGGGCUUCACCUGACACGCUCGAGGAUUAUAUCAUGGCGAAGCUCCCUCCUGGAGCGGAGAUCAGCCCCGACUUCAAGCAGAAGGUCAACGCCAUGGCAACGGAGCGGAGCUCGACUCCGAGUACAUACGGAUGGUCCAUGCGUCGGCAAAGCCAGCAGCUGAUGAGCAACCGCGGGAAGGACAAGCACCGCCAGAACCAGCAGCUGAACCAGCGGCUGAACACCAACCUGCCCCUGAAGGUGCAGCCGCAGUCGCAGUUCCCAGGGGGGAAG